AUGGUUUACCCGAUGAUCCAGUAUUGGCUCAUUCGGAGGGUGCCAAUUCCCGAUUCCUAUACGUCCUAUGCGUCGAGUGAGGCAGUUACCGCAAGUGAUGAAUCAGCUGCUACCGUGGAAUCCUCGCCCGGAAGCUCAAGCUCCCCCAAUGCCUUUAAUCGAUUGUACCGGCUCUCUUUUCGUCGAAUCGUAACCGGCGUCUCGUUGAAUUGGACGUAG